CGAUCUCUCCCUGCGCAAACUUCUGCUCCUUCGGCAAAACAUCACAACCGCGGGCGGAAGGUGCUCCCACAGAUAGUGGUGUGAAGGUUUUUGCCGCGAGUAUCCGAGAGUAUCUCCCACCGCGCCGCGGCACGGCUUAGCUCAUUCGACUAGUUAACGCCGGACGGUACGGAGCGGGCUUUUGCAAAUCAGACCCGCAACCCCGUAAGCAGCCUAGACGACAUACGCGCGCUCCGGUGGUUGUGAUAGGAUCUGUUUUUGCUGCUGUGACACGAGGGUGACCAGCCGCAAAUACUAAGUGCUGCGCUGCGGUGUCGAGCAUUGGUAGUACCGAGACCGGGAGAGACAGAAAGCGAAAGAGAGAGAGAGAGAGAGAGCGAGCGAGCGUGUGUGCGCUUAGUAGCAGCCCGAUAGUGUCUGAGUGCGAUCCUGCCUUCUGCUAACGUGUGAGUCUGCCAGAUCGAGGCUCUACCAGUGGACAGCGCGUUUGGGCACACAACAGGUUUGUGGGCGUAGUUUUUUGACGUUUGGAUAUUGAAGUGCCAAAAGGAUCAAACAGGCCCCAAGUGGACAAGUUUCUUCCUUUUUUUGGGACGGAAAAUAGACACCGUUUGUGUGUGUGUGUGUGUGUGCAGUCACAAGGCAGACAGAGAUGGUAACCGUGCCGCACGUUUGGCUAGCGCUGGCCACGGUGAUCCUGGCCACGAUGCACGGCAUACCGGCAACGGCCAACCGGGAGCACAAGGUGCACAACAUUGUGCUGUACCCGAACAAGCAGUCCUGGUGUACGACGCGCAACAUCAGCCAGGUGAUAACCGAGCCGGGCUGCAAGCAGGUGACGAUCGACAACAACGUGUGCGUCGGCGCGUGCUUCAGCUACUCGAUACCGCACACGGAACCGUCCGAUCCGGGCGAAAUCAUCGGCCCGUACUGCGACUCCUGCCAGCCGUCCGACGUGUCGUACGUGUUUGUGAAGGUGGACUGCACGGAGAGCAGCAACGCGAAGAGCCCGUACCUGUACAAGCAGGUGCAGCUCAUACACAACUGCACCUGCACUGCGUGCGAGGAGCAGUCGACGCACGGCACGGCAGCACUCGUCACGAGCGACCAGCAACCGGGCGGGGGCUCGCAGGAGCAUCCGGCAGCCGCGCACGGCCAGCAGCUCGGGCACGACCGCCGGCACCAGCCGAAGCACGCGGCCGGGACCGCGGUCGAGGCCGGCUCGGAGGAGAGCCCCUCCGACAGUGACAUGAUCCAGGACGACAUACCGGAGAUACUGGAGGUGGUGCACUACAGCGAGAACGACACCGAGCCGAUCCGGCACACGCCCGUGCACGAUCUGCAGUCGCCGCACAGCGGCACCACCUACCUGGAGCAGCAGCAGCUCAACCACUACGAGCACAACAGCCACACCGACAACGUGAAGAAGCUGCUGCACCAGAAGAUCGUGACGCUGCUGCGCUCGGUGGAGGAGACGAACUCGCACACCGACCGGGCCCAGCUGGUGGAGAUGAUACGGCUGAUCAAGGGCACGAGCGACCGCAACUGGGACGAGCUGGUGGAGAGCCUGCAGUCGGAGAACGCGAUCCUCGACUUUAACCGGCUCCGGUCGGAGCUGGUCGAGGAGGAGCCGCUCGCGGGCGAUGCGGGCGGCGCCAAGCCGGUCGAGCAGGAGCCGGCCGGUGCCGGGCCGCCCGAGUACGCCGACCACCGGCGCCUGAUGCACCGUCAGUACGACGCGCUGCGGCACCGGGCGCACGGCGAGCCGGUGCAGCCGGCCGGCGAGACGCCGAAGCAGCACCAGCCGGCGGGCCACCACACGGUCGGCGAGCGGAUCGACGCCCACCAUCAUCUGGGGCGCGGCCCGCACGGCGCACUGGUGAUACAGGCCGACCGGGCCGACCAGGAGGUGCACCGGAGCAUCCAGAACGGGCACGAGAUCACGGAGAAGAUUCACAUCCCGGCGCACGAGCUGAAGCCGAACCAUGCCGGCACGGUGGUGACGUACGACGGGCACGGUCCGGUGCCGACCGCCGCCGGAGCCGCGCUCGGUGACGGCGAACCGCGCCGGGACCAUCACUUCCAGACGCCGCACAUGCACGCGCGGGCGCACCACGGUCACGGCCACGGUCACCAUCAGCAUGCCGAGCACGGCGAGCAUACCGGCCAGCAUCAUCCGCACGGGCACGGGCAGCACAAGCCCCACCAGGCGGUACCGGCCACCGACACCACCGAGCAGUGAAUUUCCGCCCAACGCGUAGUAACACACCACAAUCGUUAGACGUUAGAGAGCGGACCCUGGGGAUGGGAUGGUUGUGAGCGGUUUCGUGUGAGGAACAAUAAAUGAGAGGGUGUGUGUGUGAGAGAGCGAGAAAGAAGAAGAGAAAGAGGAAGAAGAGAGAGAGCAAUAGAGUAGAUAAUCUACUUCUUGGCAGGGCCAUAACCGUCACGCAGCAAGGGUUUGUGAGCAUUGCGGCAAAUCUAUUUACCGAAUAACUUACAUUUUAAAUUUCUAGUCGCUAGUGGGGUUUUUUUUAAAUAUUUUUGUUGUUGUUGUGUGUGUGUGUGUGUGUGUGUGGGCGCGCGUGGACGUGACUAGUAAUUAUUCAGACGAGCGGAAUUUAAAAUUCGGCAACACCAUAGUCUAACAACAACAGAAAAAGAAAGGCACAAACGAUACUAAUUUUUAGGUACGAAUGUAGGCGUUUUGUUUUUUCUUCUUCAUGAAACUGGCUGGCCAUAUUGUAGUGGGUGUAGUUCGUUUGGCGCAGGCGCAGGCACGAUCGUAUUGGUUAUAAGGAAGAACAAAAUUUGAAAAUUAUGUAAACAAAAAACCCGUACACACCA